ACACCCUAGUCCAAACCUCCCACAGUACGACAGGGGUUAGUUAUUGGCAGGGUUUGAACCCAAGAUCACGAAUACAGCAGUCCAGAGCACAUAUGGCAUGCUCAGCUCUGUUUUGGAUACAGCUGGAUCUGAAGCAGCAACAACGCAGCCUGCAAGUGCAGCUGAACGAAAAAUAAUUCUAACUGCAAUUACUAACGCUGAUAACACCAAUAAGAGGCUGCCUGAAGAUUUCAUAUACGUCAUGAUGAAUUCAAUGGAAUUGACCACAAUGGUCUCCUUGUUGUGCUGUCCACAUUGCUUCGACAAAAAAUUAACCAUGUGCAUCACACAAUCAAAAGGCAUGGCUCAUUUGAUUAAAAUCAAAUGCCUAAAUUGUGAAAUAUAUUUGUGGCCUGACUUGACCUCAAAAAAAAGUAAUAAUGUUCAUCUGGAUAUUAAUGUCCGCGCUGUCGCUGCAUUAAAAGAAUCUGGAAUCUCGCAUUCUAAAUUUGAUAGGUUUUGUGGACUUAUGAGUAUGCCCUGCAUGCACAGAAAUACUUAUAACAAUCUAGCUAACAUAGUCAACACUGCUAUAAUUGAAGCUGGUGAAGAAUGUAUGAUUAGGGCAUCUGCUGUUGUGCAUGGAAGAAACAUUUCACAACCUCUGACUACAGAUGAUAGAAUAAGUUCAACAGGCUGUCCUGUUAUUACAGUUUCUUUCGAUGGGACUUGGCAUAAAAGGGGCCACUCAUCUCAUUCAGGAAUUGGCACAGUUAUUGAUUUUGAUACUGGACUCGUCAUCGACACCGAAGUCCUAUCAAAUUAUUGCUGUGUUUGUGAUUCAAACUCUGCAGAACUAAAUUUUGAUGCCUCUAAGCAUAUGUGUCAAAAAAACUUCAGUGGCUCAGCAAAUGCAAUGGAGGCCGCAGCAGCAUCCAAAAUUUGUUCUCACUCUGUGGCAUCAGAAAACUUGUUUAUGGCAUGAUGCUGUGUGAUGGCGAUAGUAAAUCACAUUCAUCUGCCAUUACCAACUCAGGAUAUGAUGUAGAAAUCUUAAAAGAGGACUGUAUUAACCACAUCUCAAAAAGAAUGUUUAAUGCUUUGAACAAUUUAAAAAUGUCUAACAAAAAAGAACUAAAUUAUAGGCUUACAAAGCCAAAAAUUGAAAAAAUUACAAAUAACUAUUCCAAAGUUCUGCGCCAAAAUGCUCCUGACAUUCAAAAAAAUGAAGCUGGCUGUUAUGGGCUCAUUUUUUCAUAUGAUGAGCUCAGACCUAGAUCAUAACCACAGGUUGUGUCCUGAUGGCACUACAUCUUGGUGUCACACUUUAAGAGAUCAGAGGCACUAAAACAGCCAUACAAAAAACAUAAUCAGACCAUCACAUCAGAAAUAGGAAAACUUAUUUCCUAUAACAGACACAGAUCUGUUAAAAACAUGUUCAAGAAUGGGAACACAAAAGGCCAAUGAAUCUUUUCAUUCCCUAAUUUGGCAAAUUGCCCCAAAACAGAAUUCGCAACAUUAAAAACUAAGGACGGCGACAUACCUUGCUGUUUUAGCCUUCAAUAAUGGCAUUAAAUCAGUUUUUGACAUAUUAGGCGUUCCCUGGACACUAAAGAACAUUUCUUCUAGUGAGAAAAAGCAAAAUGUCAAACUACAGCUUGUUGUUAGAAAAAGAUCAAUCACAUUAGUGUCCAGGAGAAAAAAAUUGAAAAAGCAAAGAAUUGAGCAUGAGCACCGGGCAGAGGUUCUAGAAGGUCCAAUCUAUCAAUCAGACAAUUUUAAUGAAUAGUUUUUUUUAUUAUCUAUUAUGUUAUAUUAUGUAAAUAUUCCCUUUUUUUUUCAUUUUUAUGGUUGCAAUAAAUAUUUUAUAUCAUUUUAAAAACUUUAAAUGCGUUUUUCUCAAAAUGUAUUUUUAGGUGCAUGUUGUCCACAAGAAUCUCAAAAUCUUUAGUUCUGUAUAAUUUAGACUAAUAAUUUUUCACAUGUAGUUUAUUGAUAGUAUAUCAUAGGUAAUAG